AUGGGAGCAGACCAAGAAAAAAAAGCCGGGAAGAUGGAACCCGUCAGCCAUGGUAGGCAAUCGUCUAUGGGAAAGAAAACCCAGACAGCAAAACUCCAUCCUGCAGGCAAUGACCCAAUGAAUGUGUCUAGUGGAAGCAGAAAUGCAGCUAGGGGCAAGAAGUGUGGACUCCUAACGCCAAAAAUUGUUCUCAGCAUAGGGGCAUGGAAUGUGCGGACCAUGUAUGAGACCGGAAGAACAGCACAAGUUGUCAACGAGAUGAGAAGGUAUAACAUCAGUAUACUUGGUGUUAGUGAAUGUAGAUGGUUAAACAACGGAUCGAUUACAACUGACACAGGUGAGACCAUACUGUACUCAGGCCGAACAGACAACAAACACUAUGAAGGAGUUGCUUUAGUUUUGAGUAAAGAAGCAAAAAGAGCUCUUUUAGAAUGGCAACCAGUUGAUGAAAGGCUAAUUAUGGCAAGAUUCUACUCAAAAUUUUCAAAACUAACAGUGAUUCAAUGCUAUGCACCUACCAACGAAGCUAGUAUUGAGGACAAGAAUAAGUUUUAUGACAAAUUACAAUCGCUUGUCAGUAAAGUUCCAGCACAUGAUUUAUGUCUUGUAAUUGGUGAUCUCAACGCUAAGAUUGGAGCAGACAACUCAUGUUAA